CCGUGCUCAUGACGCCGCCCUGGGUGUGGCCCUGGGUUCCUCAGCCCCUGCUGUAGCUCACAGUCUCCAACUACAGCCAGAAGUCAAAGUCAGACUUCCCCUUCCAAAGAUCACAGACUGGGCUGGGUGCAGGGUGCACACCUGCAGUCCCAGCUACUCGGGAGGCAGAGGCAGGAGGAUCUCUUGAGCCCAGGAGUUGAAGUCCAGCCUCAGCAACAUAGCGAAACCCUAUCUCUAAAAAAGGAUCUUAGAUGGUAUAAAUAGAUGGAGUGAUAGAGUUCAGAAACUUAAGAGAUAACCUUAACAAACAAAAAUACUGAAUAAUCACUUAAAUGUAUUUGAAGUACACUUUUAGCUCUCCUGCGGACAGCAACCUUUGCAUGCAUAGAGGACUACAGGAUAUCCCAAACCAUCCUACCCAUUAUUUCAUUCGACUUGGUCCUGUGUGAGAUAGGGGGAUCAUCACCCCCAUUUUACAGAUCAGUGGAAAGACUGCUGGAAUUGGAUUCGAAGACAAGCCGAUGCACUCCAAGACCAGCCUUCUCCACCAGCAGUUGCUUCCUUCCCUAGGAUCUGUCUUCAUCCCAUCUGCUGCCGUCAACCCCACCAGGAGUUGGCAAAGUCACAGGCUGAGUUACAUAGCACAACAGCUUUUUUUUUUUUUUUUUUUUUUUUUAGCGUGUAAACGCAGGUUAGGGACCAGGGGCUGCCGGCUGCUCCCAGCCUCCAGGACUUGGCUUUGAUUUUUCUUCCUCAAAAUGGAGACUGUUUCACAUCUGCCUACCUCAUUAAUCAUAUUUGAUCUUCAGAACAACUGCCUCCAUGCAGAAGUGUCUGUGGGGUGGGGGGAGUACAUACCUCUAAAUAGAAGAGGGCAACACAGCCUUGCUCUCAAGGGCGCUGGCUCCAGCGUGAGGCAGACCUGGUUUGAAACCUGUCUGCUGCUCACCAACUGUGUGACUGUAGGUUUUACAAAUGAGCGGAGAAUACAGUUUUGGUGUCCUGCUACAAAAAGACAUUGGUCAGUAACGAGCAAGAUCUGGAAAAAUGAGAGAAGGGAGAUUUCACCGGCUGCUGAAGCUGCCUGCUUUUCACUGCUGCAAGUCCUUCCUGUGGGCCGCGUGCCUGGGAGCAACUUGUUAGUCGACCAUCCGGAAUCUUCAGAGAAGGCUUCAGAGCCCCCAGGGCACUUUGCAGAGCCUGCUGGAAGACCCAAUGGGAAAUGCUGCCCAGGAUACCACUUUUGGCUCCUGUACUCUCCCUGGGCUGGGCUGGCAAGUUCGGUGUCUUUGCAAGUUGCUUCGCCCUAGUCAGGCAGUGACUUUGGGUCCUGGGGCCUUUCAUGGGAUGGUGCUGGGGUGGCUCCCCCGUGGUCUUGCUGGGCUGGGGUGGACUUUCCUCACAGAGAAGCCAGACCCAGGUUAGACGUGAGGCUUCCUGAAAGGCGCUGCAGCUCCCAGCAGCCAUGAUAAUCUCUGAGGAAUUUGCUUCUUUUCCCAUUAGGAAGUUUGUCAGCUUUCACUUCUACUCUCCCAUGGCUUGCAUCGGUCUCUUACUUUCUGUUCUUUUUACGAAAUGUCUUGUUUAUAAAAAUAAAGUCCUGGGUUAAAGAUAAAA